AUGAUGCCCCCCCAAACUGCAAACCACAUCAGUUUUGUUAAAGGUGACACUGCGUCUGACGAAUUAAACAAUGAUUUUAGUACAUCUAGAUAUGUAAAAGAAAAUAGAUUUGUAUCAACUGUGCCAAUUGAUAAAAAUGUAAUUAGUUGGAUUGAAUAUCCGAAAGAUGAUAAUGGAUUAGAGGAAUACAUGCAAUUUUUGUCAACACGAUUAUUAGUCAUUGAAAAGGAAAAGCAAAAACUAGAACUUGAACGACAGGACAUACUUCAAACUCUUUGGGGCCAUAAUAAUUUAUUAUCGCACUUAGAUAAUAAUUCACCUAGUAUUAAUAUUACAAAUUCAACGUCGAUAGCGGAUAAAUCUGAACUAAUUCCAUUCAGACAUCUCAAACAACAUACUUAUACCAACAGCCAAUCCCUAAAUGAAAUCUUAGAGCUGUGCACUCCUAAUAGAUGUACUAAUGAAGAUAAUCAUAACCUAUUUGACGGGAUGGAUUUUGCUAAACUUGACUUGGACACUCUUAACUCAAUUUUAUCGCAUUUCGGAAUACGAAGUAUAACAAAUGUUGAAUUUAACCAGGGAGUUGAAUUACUUAAUCACAUCAGAAAUUAUUUAAUGGAAAAUACAAACGAUAUAAAUGUAAAUGUAGAAACCGUUAAUAAAAAAGUAGAAAAUAGCGAAAAUGAGGAAAAAAUAGAUACGAUUAUGGAUUUAGAAAUUGACAAACUGCAUUCCAAUUUCAAUUUUGAAUGGACUGUAAAUGUAAACUCUGUUGAAGCUGCUACACCUGACGUAAAAGAUGAUAUUGAUGAAUUGCUCAGGUCUGUUGCACAUGAUACCAGAUAA